GAGGAGAUGGAGCACUGCAUGGCGAGCCCUGCCUUUCCGGGCCGCGCAGAGGGGGGAACAGGGCGCGAAGGAGUGAGCCAGCCGGUCAGAGCUUGACGUCCAAAGGCCCCCGCGGCAUCGACGGGGGCGGCCGGAAGUCGAGUUCGCCCUCCCGGAAGUCCUGCAGGUCGUGCGCGCCGCCCCGCGGCUCGGGCAGGCCGAGGGGCAGCUCCUCCACGGCGGGCACGUCGAGCGCGCCCGGCGCACAGCCGGCAGCCGCGCCCAUACGGGCGCCUGUGGAACUCCGCGUAGAGGUCCUCGAGCUCGGCCCGCAGCCUUCUGCGCUCGGGGUCCUCCUCCGGCGCGGAGGCCUCGGCCUCUGCCUCCUG